AUCCUGUCCGCAUUAGUGGCAGCGAGCUGCCCUACCCUGCGUCGUGAUCGCAACCGUUGGCACCAAUCAACCAAUGACGUAGCCUUUGUCGCCGGUUUUCGCGCAGAGGGACGAGAACGCAUGGGCCCACGGGCGCGCCCACGCUGCCUUACAUCAACGUCGUCACCGUGGAUCGUCGGGCCCUGCAGCCCAAUCCACCAGGUCGACCAUGUCCCUGGCGCUGGUGCAGUAUUCAGACUCCGAGUCCGAUGAUGCAGAUGCCAAACUACCCAGCAAUAAUGCUCUCAAGCGCAAACGUAGCGCCUCGGCCCAAGCCAGCACCAGCUUGCCGCCGCUUCCGGCUGCAUUCCACGACCUCUACUCCACAAGUGCCCGUGUGAGCACCAGUGACGACCCCAGUCUGCACGGUGGGCGCAAACGCGCGGUCCCGCAUAUCCAAGGGAACUGGCCUAGCCACGUCUAUCUCGAGUGGUUGCCGUCGCAGGCUGAAUCCCAAAAGCUGAACAGCCUCAUAAAGCAUGUUCGAAAAGCCAUAGAAGGCGCAAAUAGCCGCAUGAAGAAGCCGCUGUCGAUCCCAGAGAUCCACCCCUCGCUUCUGUCUGAGCUAGGCACGCCAAUCCCUCUUCAUGUCUCAUUGUCGCGAACAUUGCAGAUCAAGACUGACGACCGGGAUCAAUUUCUGGAAACCCUGAACAAGUCUCUUCACAGAGCAGCUGUGCGGCCGUUUGAUGUCCGCUUCACAGUUUUGAAAUGGGUACCCAACUACGACCGGACUCGCUGGUUCCUUAUCUUGGGUAUUGAGAGGCCGGCUCAGGAUGAGCUAAACAGGCUCCUCCAUGCCUGCAAUGACGCAGCCAAGGAGUCUGGACACCCGCCGCUCUACGUCGGAGGGAAGGGUGAUGGACCAAUGGAGAACGAUGGUACCAUCGAUAUCUACAUCGCAAAUAAGAGGAAGAAAAGCGUCCAGGACGAGGAUACAAAAGAGAAGGCCAAGUCCACUAUUGACCGUACCCAGAACUACCACGUCAGCAUUGCUUGGACCCUGACCCAGCCUGACCUUGAGUGGAUUACCCUUGCGCAGGAUGUAGAUGUUUCCACGUUCAUUGAAUCACCGCAAACGCCUUUUGAAGUAGUGAAGGCUAAGAUCGGGAACAAUGUUCACAACAUAGAACUGGAUCCCAGAAAGACAAGCCUUGGCAAACGACGUGGUCUGCUGGGCCUUGGAUGA